GGCUUGUUUUUUAAUGACUUUUCCACUGGAACGAGAUCGCACCGCUUCCCUUGACAAAAUCAGGCUUUUUGUUAAACUCUAUAUGGAACUUAACCUAAACCCCACAGUUGACCAAAAAAAUGAAUAGCCAUGGACUUUCAGUUGUAUUCUCAUCAACAAAACCACAUUUCCUUGGCACAAUCCUUAGAAGUAAUAUCCACCCUAAGAAUGCUUGUGCUUUUCAAAAGGCAAUACACAAGAUCAAUAUAUCAGGGUUGAAAAAUUACCAUUCUGCAUGGGUAAAUGUUGGAGAAAAGAAUAUAUGUGCAAGAAGGACUGCAUUACCAUGGCAGAUGAAAACUUAUAGCACAAGUGGAAAGACGGGGUCCAGGAAGUUACAGUUGAUGGAUUUUCCGAUGCAAGUGAAAAGGAACAUACCUAAGUUACUGGUCGGGAAAUUUAGAUACCACAGAAUGCAAGAUUAUGAUGUUAAACUAUCUCCUAGGUGGUUUUUUGAAUUUGCUCAUGACGCAAUCCAAUCAGUAUCCUAUGAGAUAUCUGUUGGGGACUUUGAAAGCUUGGAAGAUUUCAUUGUACCAGAGGCAUUAGAAGAAAUCAUGAAAAACUGGGAACAGUUAGAUGAUGAACAGAGAGAAUAUUUACCAGUUCGAGACGUAAAGGAUUUUUAUGGCAACUUCAUGUAUGAAGUGAAAUUUAGGUCACCUUUUCUAGAGUAUGGUGAGCCGGGAGAAUUUACAACUGAAAUAACUCUAAGUGCUAGGGGGCUACAUGAUGGACACAUCCUCCGCAAUAUAAAGGAGAGUUUUGAUAUGAACUCUCUAAAUUACAAGUUGAGGCAAAAGCCUGAUCCUCAAAAUCCUCAGAAUUUAAAGUGGGAUUACCAUCGAAGUGAAGAAUAUGAAGAACUGAAGGAGGCCGAAGCUAGAGUGUUUGGAAAUAUGGACAAUUAUUAUAUAUGCAAUUACAGGUUUACCAGGAGGUUUGGGAGAUACCUUGACUGCUACUGGAAAUUGGACAGAGUAAACCAUGUGAAAGCCAAGGAAUAUUUCUCCAGGCCACCUAACAAAUUUAUAGAGUAUUACAGAUUUUGGUAUGAUUAUCAGAAGUAGUUGGAUCUGAAACGGCAAGGAUAGUGGUGAUAAUCAAUAAAAACAACCAUAAUACUUGCUGGCAACCUUUGGACUUCUUAAAGAGAUGCGAUUCUUUACAUUUUCAGUACAAUAAUGACAAAGAAAGGAUAGGGUUUCAAUUGAAUGGAGCCAAACUGUGUGUGUGUGUGUGUUUAAUUUAAUCUACGAAGAGUGUAGAAUGAGUGAAGAAUUUCACAUUAGUAGCUAAAAGUACACUUGUCACUAUCUUCAGUCUUUGAAUUCAAUCAAAAUUGUGAUAGAGGUCUCGGGCUGUGCUACUUCAUUGUGCUAUGUUUUAACAGACUCCAAGUUUCCUACUGUGCCACAGCAAAUGGGUAAAGUCUGAGUCACAGAGCUCUGCAUAAAAUAGAGAAGAUAAUAAAAGACUCUGGAUGUUAUGAUUGUUUUCUGCUCCUAUUGAGCACGGGAAUAAAACAUAUAUGAUAUGAUAUGAGGAGCACGUCAAUAAGACGACCUCUGGCAUUUCUUAGCCUCUAAAUUCUACAAAAUAUCAAUUUAUCUAAUAAAAAGGUCAUACAAAGGAACUUAUUAUAUUGUUUGAUUUAUAGCUCCUACUGUGGUUUAAAAAAAUAUACAAUAACUAAACUUGUCUCAGAAUGAGCUGAGUUCAGAAUAUAUGCUGUUGGAGUAGGCACGUGCAUUUAGGCUAUGGCACUUGGAGCUGCAUUACUACCUUUUAAAACUGCAUUUUUGACUGUGUUUGGUGGAGCUUCAAACAGUGGUUACAUUGAAGGGAUUACAUGAUUUGAAAGAAGAACUCACAUUCUAUAUAUCUUAUAAUUCUGUUGAUGAAUUUUUGUGCACCCCUAUAUAUACCCCCCCUGCAGAGGUAAUACACCAAUGAGCAAACACUUUGGUAUAGAUUAUA